UAUUCUCUGUCGUAAUUUGAAAAAGGAAAUUGUUAUUGGCAACCCUUUAUUUCCUACGAAUCAUCUUAAAAAAUAAUAAAAUAUAAUUUAACUAAAUACAAUCUCUCGAUUACUGAUCAUAUCCUUAUUUUUCACAACCUCAAUUAUCAUUACGACAGAGUGAAAGAAAAAUAUAAUUGUCGUUAUUUCGUAACUUUAGUUAUGUUCAAGAGAUAUACUGGAAGACGCUGAAAGCAGACGCAAGUAUGUUGAAGUAGAUUGGGCCUCGUUGGGCUAUAAAUGUACAACUGCAUCUUCCCGGCCUGUCAAAUUAACAGCAUUAGAUCAUGUAUGAAAUUGAUGAUCACAUUCACUUAGUUUUGUUUUCUUUGAUGGUCUCCCAGCCACUCACAACACACACUGUUCUUCGAUCCAUGAUAUGUAUUAUCAUUUUGCAAUUUUGGUGGAGAAACCAUGUAGCUGACUCAUAGUUUUAUGUUAUUUUAAUUUGUUGGAUUGUUGGAAGCCUUAUAUCCUGAUAUAAAUCUAAAGAGACGAGGUUAUUUAAGAUGCUCACUACAUUUAAAAUCUUGAAUUAUUUGUUUUGAUUGAGAUUUUUCUGUGGCUUUUUCAGAAUGCUUGUUAUGUUCAGUUGUAGUCUCACUGUGGCUACUUUUUGACCAGUGAAUGCAAUGCAUAUUCAUGUUUGUAUGCAUAUAUCCAUGAGAACAUAUAAGUUGUUGUGCAGGUAAGCUUGGCCUUUGCUAAGAUUCUUUCAUGAACCCGAACGAACGGAUGUCGCCAAUUCGAAUUCGAUUUUGCUUUUUGAUGUUGAAAAGUCGGAACCGUGUCAAUUCCGGAAGCAUGACUAACAGUGUUUGCGCUGCUUCCUUGCGUGUGCAAGUGUAGUGCUCCACAAUGGCAGCUCUUCACAUCUCUCUCCUUCUCCUCCUCCCUCUGCUCACAUUACUUCUCUUCUCAGGUAGGAGGAGGAAAGGUAACGCAGCAUGGAAGCUCCCACCAGGGCCAAACACGCUCCCCAUCAUCGGCAACCUCCACCAGUUGGGCCGCAGCCUCCUGCACCAGUCUCUGUGGGAACUCUCCAAGCAACACGGCCCUGUCAUGCGCUUGAAGCUUGGCCAUGUCCCCGCCGUGGUCGUCUCUUCCGCGGGGUCGGCCGAGCAAGUCCUCAGAACCCACGACCUCGAGUGCUGCAGCCGGCCUCGCACCAUCUCCACCGCGAAACUCUCCUUCGGCGGCUCCGACGUGACCUUUGCCCCGUACGGAAGCCAUCGGAGGAAUCUGUGGAAGGUUUGCGUGGUGGAGCUCUUCACCACCAAGAAGACCACGUCCUUUAGACCAGUGAGAGAGGACGAGGUCCAGAGAACCGUGGAAUCGAUCCGUUCUCGUGCUCCCAAUUCGGUCAUCGUCAACCUGAGUGUGGAGCUGCUCUCUCUUGCUGCCAAUAUCACUUGCAGGACCGCCUUCGGCGGUCGCUGCCACGACGGUUUCCACCGCAUCACCAAAGAGUGUCAAGCAAUCCUUGCCGCCUUCUUCGUAGCAGACUACUUCGCCAUGCUCGGGUGGGUGGACGUGAUCGGAGGAACGCAAGCCAGAGUUCAAGAUGUCUUUCUUAAGCUCGAUGUUUUCUGCCGACGACUCAUAGAUGACCAUCUCGAUCCAAGGAGGCGGCUAUCCGACGAUGGUGAAGACACCUUGGAUGCUCUGCUCCGCCUCCGAAAGGACGACAACAAUAUUACAGACGCUCACAUCAAAGGAGUACUCGUGGACAUCUUCGUUGCCGGGUCCGACACAUCCGCGUCGGGGGUAGAGUGGGCGAUGACGGAGCUCAUGAGGCACCCGGAGAAGCUGAGACGGGCACGAGAUGAGGUGAGAGGCUGCGUCGGGAGGAAAGGGAAGGUAGAAGAGAGUGACCUCCACCAGCUCGCGUACCUCAAGUGCGUUGUGAAGGAGACACUGAGGCUGCACCCUCCCGCUCCACUGCUUGUUCCGAGAGAGACGAUGGAGCACGUUAAGCUGGAUGGAUAUGAUGUUCCUCCCAAGACAACGAUCUAUGUAAACGCAUGGGCGAUAGGGAGGGAUCCCAACUCAUGGGAGCGGCCGGAGGCGUUCGAGCCUGAGAGAUUCAUGCGGAGCUCUGUAGACACGAAUGGGCAAGACUUCAAGUUCAUACCAUUUGGCGAAGAUCGAAGGAUUUGUCCUGCUAAGAACGUUGGCAUGGCAACGAUGGAGCUUGCGCUGGCCAACCUCUUGUAUUCUUUUGAUUGGGAUUUACCAGAUGGGAUGAAGAAGGAAGACAUCAGCAUGGAUGAAGCGCCUGGCAUUGCUGUGCACAGGAAAUUUCCUCUGGUUCUUGUGGCCACCAAGUAUGGUGGAAUAGAUGUGAAAGAUAAAUCUGAAUGUUGAUUCUUCUCUGAAACCAAAAAAAGAAGGCUUAAAUCUAUGUUGUACGAACAGACCUCACCUGUGGGUUAUACAGCAGUCUUUCUCAUGGUGAUCUUAUUAAAAUGAUAUUGUCUUCAUGUUUCGAUUGAA